AAGCCUUACACUUUGCGACUCACACUCGAAAACCUGCGCGGCGAUAUACCUUUCGCUUUUAAUUUCUUCGCCGCUCCAGGAGCAACGCCCUACAACACCAACUCCACGACGGCGGCUGUACUAUACAUUGACAGCAAGCCGUUUCAAGCGAUAGCAUUUCUACGUCGCAACACUUUCCAGUUAUUUGAGACUAGCCUACCUACCUCUGCACAAUCCUGGAGGAUAUAGCUGAAGCGGGCAACAAGCUUAGCUCUCUCUGCAAUCCGGAUAUCUACUCGAAUAUGGAACUACCACAGGAACUCCUUGAUUAUAAUCCAAUUCGGCAUUUCGCUGAUGAAAUAACGCUACCUAACAAUGCGUUGGACAUGUUCGAGAAAAAGAUUGGCCCUAGGAUUAUUCUUUUUCCCGAUACAAAACAAAUCUUGAAGAUUGGUCAUGGCAUCGCACGGUCAGAGGCGGACGCGAUGCGCCUUUUGGCCACUCAAACGUCCGUACCCGUCGCUAGGGUCGACCGUGUUGGUGAAAGAGGAGAUUCUGGGUACAUAUUGAUGUCGCAAUUAGAGGGACAACCGCUGGCAGAUGUCUGGUCACAUCUAGGAUGGGAAGCCAGAGCUUCUCUAGCACAAGAACUACGAGGUUACAUUCAAGAAUGGCGGGCACUUCGAGGCGAGUAUUACGGUGCUCUCGGCGAACAACUUUGCCAAGAUAUUUUCUUCAAGCACCUUCCCGUGUACGAAAAGUCCGAAAUUAACUAUGGUCCAUAUAGAACACGGAGCGAAUACAACGCAGGGAUUAGGAGAGCCCUACAAAUGUCAAGGCCGUUCGGGAUCUUUGACGAAAGAGACGAAGCUCUACUAAGCAAGGUCGGGACCCUUGAAGAUACGGCCAUCGUUUUCACGCAUGGUGACCUUCAUCUGGAUAACAUCCUCGUCAAAGACGGCAAGAUCUCUGGUAUUCUCGACUGGGGGGCGUCAGGAUACAGCAUCAAGGAUAGGGAGUACUACGAAGCACGAUCAAGGGCAAGAGAUCUGGAAUGGAAAGCUGUACUUGAAUCAGUUUUCGCUGGGGAAAUUGACAUGACCACCUAUUUAAUCCUUGAGCAACUUGACAAGGAAUUGGUAGUAUAUUCUGGUUUCUGAAUGGCUCUAUACAAAGGCUUUUUCUACAAAUGUAUCUCCUACCUACGAUUGGGAGUCCAUCUCUUCCCUAAGCUCUGUGAUAAUACAGUCACUGAUCUCCCUACAAGCCCUUAAACCCGUUGAGAAGUCCCUGCAGGAACCAAUUCCUCAGCUUCAAGGGCAAUUAUACACUCCAUUGUCCAGUCUUGACACCUGUCUACGCCGUUCCGUGGAGGUGGCUCAUGACUAAUAAUCGAAUUGGCCUGCGUGUAUUGACUGACAGUAAGGGAGGCGACUUUCGAAAUCACCCUCGGAACU